AGGCACUGCACGUGCACUGAGCUGCAUUACAAAUCCAUUCCACUCCCUUUCUUAAUUCCUACCAUAUAUGGAAGCAACAUUGGUUGGUGGUGCUCUUCUUUCUGCUUUCCUUCAGGUUGCAUUUGACAGACUUGCUUCUCGUCAAGUUCUGUACUUCUUUCGUGAAAAAAAACUUGAUGAGAACCUUUUGAAGAAGUUGAAGAGAAAGCUGCGAUCCAUCCAUGCUUUUGCUGAUGAUGCAGAACUACAACAGUUCAGAGAUCAACAUGUGAGAGCAUGGCUUGUUGAUGUCAAAGAGGUUGUGUUUGAAGCUGAGGAUUUGCUGGAUGAAAUUUAUGAACUCUCCAAAUGCCAAGUGGAAGCUGAAUCUCAGGCUCAAAGCAUUGAUGACAAGGUGUGGAAUUUCAAUUUCUCUAUAUCUCCUAUCAGUUUGCUCAACAAUGAAAAUGAAAUUGAAACCAGGAUGACACAAGUCCUUGAUGACUUGGAUGAACUUGCUAACGAAGGCACUCAUCUAGGUUUGAAAAAGGCUAGUGGUGCUGGGUUUGGAUCAGUAAAGGGUAGUAUAGUGUUACAGAAAUCACCAUCAACAUCUUUGUUGAGUGAAAGUGUUAUUUAUGGUAGGAAUGAUGAUAAGGAAAAUAUCAUUAGCUGGCUCACUUCUAACACUGAUAACAAGCUAUCAGUACUUACAAUUGUGGGUAUGGGUGGUUUGGGUAAGACCACACUUGUCCAACAUGUGUACAAUGAUCCAAGGGUAGGGGGUUACUUUAAUCUCAAAGCUUGGGUCUGUGUUUCCAAGGAUUUUAAUGUUUUCAACUUAUCAAGAGCAAUUCUUGACACAGUUACCAAGUCAGUCGAUAAUAAUAGAGAGCUAGAAAUAGUUCAUGCAAGACUAGAAAAAUUUACAGGAAAUAGAUUUCUUCUCGUUUUAGAUGAUGUUUGGAACGAAAACCGACUUAAAUGGGAAGAAGUGCAAAAACCUCUUCUUUUGGGGGCUCAGGGAAGUAGGAUCCUUGUCACAGCACGCAGCACAAAAGUGGCUUCUGCCAUGAGGUCAGAAAUACACUUCCUGAAGCAAUUACAAGAAGAUCAUAGCUGGAAGUUGUUUGCAGAACAUGCAUUCUCAAAUGAUAGUUCUCCACCGACUCCAGACUACAAAGAGAUCGGUACAAAGAUAGUUGGAAAAUGUGGAGGACUUCCUCUUGCCUUAAAAACAAUAGCAAGUUUAUUACAAAACAAAUCAGUUUUGGAAUGGAAAAACAUAUUGCAAAGUGAGAUAUGGGAUUUAGAGCAAAGUGAUAUUAUCCCAGCUUUAGCUCUAAGCUAUCACCACCUUCCUUCCCAUCUCAAAAGAUGCUUUGCUUAUUGUGCCAUAUUCCCCAAAGAUCACAAAUUUGACAAGGAUGGUUUGAUUCAGUUGUGGAUGGAUCAAAAUUUUCUUCAAUGUUGUCAACAUAGUGCAAGCCCAGAAGAACUUGGUGAACAGUACUUCAAUGAUCUAUUAUCUAGGUCCUUCUUUCAACAAUCAAGCGAAAAUGGAAAGGAUUUUAUCAUGCAUGACCUUCUAAAUGAUUUGGCAAAAUAUAUUUGCGGGGACAUCUGUUUCAGGUUAGGAGUUGAUCAAGCAAAAGGUAUACUCAAAACAACUCGUCAUUUAUCAUUUACAACCAAUCACGCUGAAUAUUUUGAUGUGCUUAAGAGUUCACAAGAUGCUGAAAGGUUACAUACAUUUAUGCCACUGCUAAGGGAUUGGGGAAUGAACUAUCUUCGUGGUUAUCGAUGGCAUUGUAAGAUGUCAAUAGAUGACUUGUACUCCAAGUUUAAGUUCAUACGGGUCUUAUCUUUAUCUCACUGUUGUAACCUUACAGAGGUGCCUAAAUCUGUAGGCAAUCUUAAACAUCUUCGUUUAUUAGAACUCUCCAAUACUGACAUAGAAAAACUACCUGAAUCAACAUGUUCACUCUACAAUUUGCAAAUACUGAAGUUGGACAAUUGUACACAUUUGAAAGAGGUACCCUCAAAUUUGCAUAAACUCACCAAUUUGCAUUCAUUAGACCUCUCCAAAACUAAGAUAGAAAAACUACCUGAAUCAACAUGUUCACUUAACUUGCAAAUACUGAAGCUGAACAAUUGUACAUGUUUGAAGGAGCUACCCUCAAAUUUGCUUAAACUCACAAAUUUGUGUCGCCUUGAAUUAAUAAAUACUGAAUUGAGAAAGGUGCCAAUGCAUUUGGGAAAAUUGGAGAAUCUUCAAGUAUUGAUGAGUUCAUUUCAAGUUGGCAAGAGUAGUGAGUUCAAUAUUCAGCAGCUUGGAGAACUUAAUCUUCAUGGAAGCCUAUCAAUUGAGGAUCUACAUAAUAUUGAGAAUCCCUUAGAUGCAUUAGCAGUGGAUUUGAAGAAUAAAACACACCUUGUGGAGCUGGAGUUAAAAUGGGAUUAUGCCUGGAACCGUGAUGAUUCAACUAAAGAGAAAGAAGUAACUAUAAUUAACUAUCUACAGCCUUCCCAACACUUGAAGAAGUUGUCAAUUGGGAACUAUAGUGGUAAACAAUUUCCACGUUGGUUAUCCAAUAAUUCAUUAUCUAAUAUGGUGUCCUUACGGUUGUACAACUGUCAAUCUUGUCAAUGUUUGCCUCCUGUUGGACUCAUUCCAUUUCUCAAGGAGUUGGAGAUUACAGGGCUUGAUGGGGUAGUGGAUAUUGAUACUGAUUUUUAUGGGAGUAGUUUUUCUUCAUUUACAUCCCUGGAAACAUUGAAGUUCCGUCAUAUGGAAGAAUGGAACAAUUGGAAACGUCAAGAUGUGACAGGUUCUUUUCCACGACUUCAACAUCUUUUUAUAAUUGAAUGUCCCAAGCUGAAAGGGCACCUGCCAGAGCAACUUCAUCAUUUGAAGACACUAGUUAUCCAAAACUGCAAGCAACUUGUAACUUCUGCUCCCUUGGCUCCAGAAAUUCGUAAAUUAGAUCUAAAGGACUGUGGAAAGUUGCAGUUUGAUUAUCAUCCAGCUACUCUGAAAGAGCUCACCAUCAACGGAUACAACAUGGAACCUUUGUUGUUGGAAAGACUUGGGCACUUCAUAUCUGAUACUCGUCUUGAAGACUUGUGGGUUUGUUCUUGCCCCAUAAUAAUGACCAUUCUCAUGAGUUGUUGUCACUCUUUCCUUGCAAGGUUGACAAUUGAUGUUUGUUGUGACUCUCUAAUGACCUUUCACCUAGAUUUCUUCCCAACACUCAGGUUUCUUGAUCUCAGUUGCUGUCACAAUCUACAGAUGAUCUCACAGGUGCAUGCUCAUAAUCAUCUCCAGUAUUUGAAAAUCAGAAAGUGCCCAAAAUUUGAAUCAUUGCCUGAACUCAUUCCAUCUCUUCAUGAGCUAUAUAUACAAGAUUUUCCAAAAGUUGAGUCAUUCCCUGAGGGAGGUUUGCCAUCAAAUCUAAAAAAGAUAUCUCUCUAUAAUUGCUCCAAACUUAUAGCAUCACUCAAAGGGGCUGUUGGAGCCAAUCCUUCUCUAGAAUCCCUGUGCAUUGGAGAGUUGGAUGUUGAGUAUUUUCCUAAUGAAGGUUUCUGCCACCCUCUCUUGUUUUAUGCAUCUAUGGUUUUCCUAAUCUUACAAGACUCAACUACAAUGCUCUUUAGCACAUGUCCUCUCUCAAGAUGUUGGUUCUGGAAGACUGCCCCAACCUCCAAUGCUUGCCACAGGAGGGUCUAUCCAAAUCCAUUUCAUAUCUUAAAAUUUGUGGCAAUUGUCCAUUGCUCAAACAACUUUGCCAGAAACCAAAAGGUGAAUAUUAUUGAAAGAUUGCUCACGUUGAAAAAGUGAUUAUAGGGUAGUGAUGUUGAUUUUUGAAAAGGAUAAAACAUGUUCUUAGUCUUUUGUAA